AACCUAACCCCACAUUCCCCACAGACAGCUAAUCAAAAGAUUCAACACAAUCAUCUACAAUAUAUAUAUAUACACAGAUAUUUUCUCUUACAAUACACGACAUGUUUGCUACUUUUGCAUUAUAACCACCACUACUCUCUCUCUCUCUGGUCCUUUUCGCUUCCCCUGUAUUUAACCCCGACUCAACGGUUACUAUCCUCGCCUUCAAUGCUCACACCCAUUAACGGCUAGUUUUAUUGAUGUUUAGAUUAGACCUUCCACAUCAAAUCCCAAACCCACCAGCCCUAAAAAAAAAAAUAAAGGUUAAGAGAAGAAGUUUAGAGAGAGAAAGUGUCUAGUGUGAUUUUAGAGAGAGACCCAGAUGGAUUUCAGUUCUUUCCUGACGUCCCUCGGGACGUCCUGCAUCAUAUUUCUGGUUCUGAUGUUUCUCUUCACAUGGCUGUCGAGGAAGCCCGGGAACAGAUUCGUGUACUACCCGAAUCGGAUCCUCAAAGGGAUGGAUCCGUAUGAGGGCGGAUCGAUCACCCGGAACCCGUUUGCUUGGAUCCGAGAGGCGCUCUCGUCCACCGAACCAGACGUUAUCAGUAUGUCCGGUGUUGAUGCUGCUGUCUACUUUGUCUUCUUGACUACUGCAUUGGGAAUGUUGGUUUUAGCUGGCCUCGUGCUGUUACCAUUACUUCUGCCAGUGUCCGCCACUGAUAACAGCUCAAAGUUAAGUAAUACCACAAGCAAUGGGACUUUCAAUGACCUUGACAAACUAUCCAUGGGACAUGUUGAAGCAAAGAGUUCAAGGUUAUGGGCUUUCGUUAUAGCAACCUAUUGGGUUUCUUUUGUUGCUUAUUGCCUAUUGUGGAAGGCAUACAAACACGUUUCUGAUCUGAGAGCUACGGCGCUAAUGUCUCCUGAAGUGCGAGCUGAGCAAUUUGCUGUUCUUGUCAGAGACAUCCCUCAUCCCCCUGAAGGUCAAACUAGAAAGGAGCAGGUUGAUUCUUAUUUUCGAACACUCUACCCCGAGGCAUUUUACAGGUCAAUGGUGGUCACAAACAACAAAGAGGUCAACAAGAUAUGGAAAGAGUUGGAGGGGUACAGGAAGAAGCUUGCACGUGCUGAAGCUAUAUAUGCAAAGUCAAAAGCAGCAGGCAAACCUGAAGGAACAAGGCCCACAAACAAAAUUGGCUUCCUUGGUCUCUUUGGUAAAAAAGUAGAUUCCAUAGAAUACUACAAUGAGAAGAUUAAUGAACUGAUACCAAAAUUAGAAGCUGAACAGAAGCUCACUCUUAGAGAAAAACAGCAAGCUUCAGCUAUUGUCUUCUUCACCAGCAGGUCAACUGCAGCUGCUGCGUCUCAGAGUCUACAUGCUCGAAUGGUUGACACAUGGACGGUCAUGGAUGCUCCUGAAUCCCGCCAACUAAUAUGGACAAAUCUUCAUAAAAAGUUUUAUGAGAGGGAAGUACGGCAAUAUGUUGUUUAUGUUAUUGUUUUUUUGACGAUAGUUUUUUACAUGAUUCCAAUCGGGUUGAUUUCUGCACUCACAACGCUAGCAAAUCUGAAGAAGCUUCUCCCAUUUUUAAAGUCAGUCGUAGAUCAGGAUGCAAUCAAGACUGUGUUAGAAGCAUAUCUUCCUCAGCUUGCACUUAUUAUAUUUCUCGCCAUGCUGCCAAAGUUUCUUUUGUUUCUAUCAAAGGCUGAGGGCAUUCCUUCCAAGAGUCAUACAAUAAGGGCUGCCUCAGGGAAAUAUUUUUAUUUCUCGGUGCUGAAUGUUUUCCUGGGAGUCUCAAUUGGUGGAACCCUAUUCGGUACCUUCAAGGACAUUCAGAAGAAUCCUAAUGUUACCUAUAUUCUUAACUUACUAGCAACUACUCUUCCAGAUAAUGCAACUUUCUUCCUGACAUACGUGGCCCUGAAGUUCUUUGUUGGGUAUGGGCUUGAACUAUCCCGAAUAGUUCCUUUAGUCAUGUAUCAUCUAAAGAGGAAGUAUCUCUGCAAGACUGAAGCUGAGUUGAAAGAAGCUUGGGCUCCUGGAGAUAUUGGAUAUGAAACCAAGUUUCCUGGCGAUAUGCUUGUCUUAACAAUUAUUCUUUGCUAUUCCGUAAUAGCUCCUAUAAUUAUUCCAUUUGGUGUGCUGUACUUUGGCCUGGGAUGGCUUGUUUGCCGGAAUCAGGUACUCAAAGUAUAUGUUCCCUCGUAUGAGAGCUAUGGAAGGAUGUGGCCCCAUAUGCAUACACGCAUCGUGGCUGCUUUGUUGAUCUACCAAGCUACCUUGUGUGGCUACUUUGGGGUGAAAAAAUUCAUCUUCGUUCCAAUUCUAUUCCCGCUUCCAAUACUCACCUUGUUAUUUGCUGUUGUUUGUAGGAAGAAAUUUUACCGUUUCUUCCAAACCACAGCACUUGAAGUCGCUUGCCGUGAACUGAAGGAAACUCCAAACAUGGAACAGAUCUUCAGAUCUUACAUUCCUCCAAGUCUGAGCUCUGAGAAGUCCGAUGAUGAUCAGUUUGAAGACGCGUUAUCUAUUGUUUCUAGAACAGGAUCAUUUGCUUGAUUUGAUGUACAUUUGUGGAUUAUGUGGACUCCUGAUUUCUUUUUUCUGUAACGAGUGACCAGGUUUGAUGGGUUGUUUGUAAUAUAUAUUACGCAACUUCUUAGUUGGUAUUAGAAUUUUCUUUCCUUGUUUGAUUUGCAGCAUGUGGUAAAUGGCCCUUUCUGGUGGGAAUUGUUCUUAUUA